ACAUGACACCAUUUCUUUUACUCUUAGCUCUUCCCAUAAUCCUCGUCAUCUUCUACUUCCAAACACAAAACCCUAAACAUGCCAAAGAAGAACUCCCUCCACCGGGCCCACCGCGGCUGCCGUUCAUCGGCAACCUGCACCACUUUGACAGCCGAUCCCCACACACGUACCUCCACCGCCUCUCCAAGAAGUAUGGCGCCGUCAUGUCCCUCAAGCUCGGAUUCCGGCGCCUCGUCGUGAUCUCCUCCGCAGAAGUAGUGAAAGAGAUCAUGAAAUCGCACGACGCCGUUUUCUCGAGCCGGCCGGCUCUCAUCACCUUCAAGAAGCUGCCGUAUAAGGGAUUCAACACCGCGUUUUUGCCCUACAACGACGCGUGGAGGGAGCUGAGGAAGAUCUCCACCAUCCAUCUCUUUAGCACGAAGCAAGUUCAAUCCUUCCGCCCCAUUUUCAAAGACGAAGUGUCGAAGAUGAUGGAGAAGAUUGCUCGAGACGCCGCCUCGUCCGCCGCCACCGAUUUGAGCGAGGCGAUGAUGUCGUUCGCUACUAACGCCAUCUCCAGAGCUACAUUUGGGAGGAGAUUAGGAGACGAAGGCUAUGGGAAAACGCGAUUCUUCGACCUUUUUCAUGGCGAGAAGCCUCUUCUUGGAGGAUUCUUCGUGGAGGAUUACUUGCCUUGGCUUCGAUGGAUCGACAGCCUCUCUGGAAUGGCUGCGAAGCUAGACAAGAACAUUUCUUCCUUGCAUUCUUUCUGUGAUGAAUUGAUUGAAGAGCACAUGAAUCCGAAUAGGCCGGAAUCCAUGGAAGGAGACGUUAUUGAUAUCUUGCUAAGGAUCAAAAGAGAGGGAUCGUUUCAUCUCACACUCGACCACAUCAAAGGACUACUUGUGGAUAUAAUAAUCGGAGGCAGCGACACGACUGCAGCUUCUUUGGUGUGGGCGCUAACGGCGUUGAUGAAGAAGCCUUCGUCGAUGAAGAAAGUGCAAGCGGAGGUAAGGCAGUUGGCCGGAAAGAAAGAGAUGAUCGACGAAGAAGACAUAGAGAAACUCCCAUAUUUGAGGGCAGUUGUGAAGGAAACUAUGAGAUUGUUUCCACCUGGUCCACUUUUACUCCCAAGAGAGACUACCAAGAAAUGCAGUAUAAAUGGCUAUGAGAUUGAAGGUGGAAGUAUGGUCUUUAUCAAUGCUUGGGCUAUUGCAAGAGACCCCGCCACGUGGGAAAAUGCAAAUGAGUUCGUGCCGGAGAGAUUCUUGGCGGCUGAUCACCUCGACGUGAGAGGUCAGAAUCCGGAGGUGAUUCCGUUUGGAUUCGGCCGGAGAGGCUGCCCCGGGAUUGGGAUCGCCAUGUCUGAAAUCGAACUUGCAUUGGCAAAUGUUUUGUGCAAAUUUGAAUGGGAAUUGCCUCUUGGAAUGAAGGAAGAAGACAUUGAUUUCGAUUACAUUUCCGGACUUGUAAUGCAUAAGAAGAAUGCUCUUCGCCUUGUGCCUAAACUCUUUUUCGCUUAGAUUUUAGCUAGCGUACGUAGUCCUACUAUUGGCCUUGAAUAAAUAAUUUAAUGAAUGAAACAAUG